ACCAGCUUGAAUGGUUUAUUGAUUCGCAAGGCAUUUCUACUCCUAGAAGCAGAUUAAUUCACUAUAAGAAGAAACGGCAUGUUCAAAUUCGAUUUCUCAGGCGAGGAUAUCAGCGAUACCGAAGCUGAUGUGCCGGUGCCUUCUUCGAACGGGGAGCCUGUAUCGACAACGACGACGACGACGACGGCGGCGGAUGCAUCGAAAGGAUCCGAGUUCAAGGUCGACACGGAGAUACAUGAUAUUCGGGAUCUUUUACAAUCCCUGCCCUCUCGAAUGUCAUACUCCCUCCUCAGCGUGUCCUCCACCUCCGACCUAGCCCAGUCCUCCAAGCUCCGGAUCCCCCGGCGCGAGGUAUUCGACAUCAAAGUCCAAAUUAUGGCGGACGAGGACCUAUUACCUUCGAUCUCAGAGGAGACUACCACCAAGACCGAGACGGCUGCAGACAACACGACGCAGUUCAGGAAGAAAGAACUCCAGAUCCUGCUUUCAAACACAGAGGAUCUACGCACAGAUCUAUACGAAGGCGGACUUAAGAGCUGGGAGGGCGCAGGGGAUUUGACUGAAUUUCUCGCUGAUACUGGGGUUGAGGUUGGGAAAGGAGUGCUCGAGCUCGGAUGCGGAAGCGCUCUUCCAUCGAUCUACCUCUUUCAAGAAUACAUCAGAACCCUCCUCACAGCCACCCCAGAGCAACAACAACAACAACAACAACAGCAAUACCCUCCCGUCUCGUUCAUAAUGUCAGACUACAACUACGCCGUCCUGCGCCUAAUGACAGCUCCAAACUUCCUCCUCGCAUACCACAACGUCCGCAACUCCCUCUCCACCCCCACUUCCUCAUCCGACGACCCAUCCCAGCCCACACAGACAUCCGACCUCGAUCUGGAAGUCACCCCCGACCUCGUCUCUCAAUUCUUCGAAUUCCUAGACACGCACAACAUUUCCAUCAAACUAAUCUCCGGACCCUGGAACUCCUCCUCUUUCGCCGACUUUCUAGGCUACAGCCCCGCAUCCACCUCCAACUCUACCUCGCCCACCGAAAAACUUCCAUUCUCUCUCGUCUUGGGCUCGGAAACUAUAUACUCCGUCGCCUCGACAAACGCGUUUAUCCCGAUUCUCCUCGAUUCCGUUUCGCUAUGGAAUACCGAACGCGAGACAGCGCUGCUGCCGACAGCUUACGUGGCUGCGAAGGAGAUCUACUUUGGCGUGGGGGGUACGGCGCGACAGUUUAUAGAAGACACGGAAAAAGCAGGUGGGAAGGUUAAAGUCGUGAAGCGCAUCGCAUCUGGUCGAAGCAGCGGCGUGGCUCGAGUUAUCAUCCAGACUACGGCGGGGUCGAAAGACUGAUAUGUACUUUUAGAUAAUAUAAAACAAUGGCAUU